UGUACCGACGUUUCUGCGCCGUUCCGAGGCGGGGGGAGCACGAUAUUUGUCCGCGACCGUCGUUCGAGCGAAACGAAGAAGUUCGGAUUUUUUGUCUUGGACGUGCAUCGCGAAGUGGCUGCGCGGGAAUACCGAUCUGCUUAUAGGGAUGGUGUUUGCGUUAGCGAGGAGUGCUCUGGAGAGCGUUAAGGACGCAGCAGCGCCUCUGACGGAUAAUGUGCUCACUCGCACCGUUGCCGCUGCACCAGGAGCUGUCCUGGGAGCAGCGAGAGAGUACGUCGUCGAACCCGUUACCGAAGCGGUUGUCAAUCUCCCGUCGACUGCCGUGGCAGCGCCGAAACUCGUGCUCGAGGCUGUGAAGAACACAACUACAGUGAUCAGCGUGGGAGUGAAAGGGACCGCGAGUGCGCUGAACCCGUUCGGAUUCGUCCACAAGCUUACCAAAGGCGCCGCCAUAGGCAUCGGGGUGGCCGUUCGGUCUGAUUGUUUUCAUCAUCCUGCUCUGCUGCUUGAUUGCUCUGUGGAGAUGCGUCAGAGGAACGGAAGGAGGGUACUCGCAAAGCUUGCUGUACCAAACUCUGCCGUUCAGAAAGGGUGCCCAUGUACCGUACUACACCAUGUACCAAGCUCCGGUGCCAGAGAAGUAGCAGGGGCACAAGAAGCUGGGACUGGGCACGGCGAACAGGUCAAGGCCUGAGGGAAAGUACCAUCUCUGCAGGCAACCUCGACGGCUUCUUAUAAGGACAUUAAAGCAAAUGAAAAGUUAAA